UGCGGCCCCGUGACGUCCACGCGCGCGCCACCCCCGCGCCGUCUCGCUCCGCUCCAUCCUCCCAUCACCCUCCUCCUCCCAUCAUCAUCAGCAGCACCCCCCCCAUGCUCCGCGCGCAGCCGCUGCGUAUAAUACAGUGCGCCGGCGAGGCUUGGUGUGUGCGCGUGUGUGUGCCUGUAGUCUGACUGUGCGAGUGCGUGGGAUUGUGUCUCGCUAUGUGCGUGUGACACUGGGUGAGAGUUGCGUCUGUCUCUCUCUCUGAGUCUCUGUCUCUGGAGCUUUCUGCUCUGUGCUGCUGAGCCCGCCGAUCCACUCCGCCGCCAGGACCCCGAUGGAUGGGAUACCCCCAGAUCCCGCAGUGCCUGAAGCCGUGACGGGCAUGCUGGGGCCCCCCGUGGCUCAGCCGCCCUCCCCCGAGGACCUCUCUGGGGGGGGCGCUGGCGUCCCACGGCGGCGGCGACUGCGGCACCCCCAAGCAGUCGCUGACACGCCGCCUCCUCCGCUCCAUCAAGGGCCGCGGCCGCCAGGCGGCGCAGCACUUCAGCUCGCAGCGGCAGCCCGUGGCCCGCACUCUGCGCCCAGCUGGAGAUGGAGGCCGCCGUCGCCCAGCGUCUGUCGUCGUCCCAGCCGGACGUCCGUUUCGGAGCGGGCUACCAGUCCGGCUCGUCCUCUUCGGCGUCGUCCGAGAGCGGCGGCUCGCCGUCCAGCCCGCGGCGGGGGCCGCCGUUUGCGGCAACGACGGCCGACGCCGCCGGAGGUCCCUCGCCGGCGCCGCCGGCGCCGCCGCUGCCGAAGACGUGGGAUGAGUGCGUGGGGUUCGCCCUGCCGGUGCCGGCCAUGCUGCCUGCUGACGGGAGGAGGUCGCUGCCGGCCACGCCGGCGCUACGACGCCCUCCCUGCCAAAAGACGUCGUUCUCCACGUCCGCGUCGCCCAAGCACCUGGCGGGCCGUUCCGCGAUGGAGCAGGGCCACCCCGGCCUCGGCGUGAGGACAGAGGGCGUGAUGGCCGGCCCGUCGGGGUGCACGGUGGAGCUGCCCGGCGUGCCCGGCCUGCCCAUCCCACCCAUCCAGGCCGGGCCCUCUGCACCGGGAAGCCUCUACCAGCUGUCGCUUCGCCUCCGCGAGGGACGUAACCUGGUGAUUCGCGACCGUGGAGGGACGAGCGAUCCGUAUGUGAAGUUCAAGCUCGGGGGGAAGAUGGUUUACAAGAGCAAGAUCAUCUACAAAAACCUCAACCCGGUCUGGAACGAGCCCUUCGUGCUGCUCUUGGACAACUUGAAAGAGAGGAUACACGUCAAGGUGUUUGACCAUGACAUCGGGAUCCCUGAUGACUUCAUGGGCUCAGCUCAUCUUGACCUUGAGUAUCUCACCAUCGGCAGCACGGUGGAGGUGAGGCUGAAGCUGGAGGACGAUCGCAGCGCGGAGGACGACAUGGGGGUGAUCAUCCUGGACGCCACGCUCACCCACAGGGAGCUGGAGAGCAGGGACAACACCCUCGGCGUGCCGUCGUGCGAAUGCGCCCCCAACUCUCCCGGCAAGACGAGACGGAGCUGGCGUUCCAAGAAGCGGGCGAUGCAGAGCGUCCGGCUGUCGGACAUCCACCGCAAGGCGCAGCUGUGGAGCGGCAUCGUGAGCGUCACGCUCAUCGAGGGCCGCCAGCUGCGCUCCAUCAUCGACGCGGGGCCCAUCGACCCCUACGUCAAGUUCCGCCUCGGCGCCCAGAAGUACAAGAGCAAGACGAUCCCGAAGACUUCGAACCCCAUGUGGAGGGAGCAGUUUGAGUUCCACCUGUACGAGGACCGUGCCACCACCCUGGACAUCUGCGUGUGGAACAAGUGCACGGGGUUUGGCCGGCGCGACGAGUGCAUCGGAAGGUGUCAGAAGGAGCUGGCGACGUUGACCAAGGAGAAGACGCACCGGCUGGAGGUGCCGCUGGAGGAGGGGGAGGGCAGCCUGCUGCUGCUGCUCACGCUCACGGCCUCGAGCGCGGUGGCCAUCACGGACCUGUGCGCCAGCCCGCUCGGCGACGCGGGGGAGCGGCGCUCCGUCGUGCAGCGCUACGCGCUGCGACAGUCGCUGAGCAACGUGAAGGACGUGGGCUUCCUGCAGGUCAAGGUGAUCCGGGCCGAGGGCCUCAUGGCCGCCGAUGUUACAGGGAAGAGCGAUCCGUUCUGCGUGGUGGAACUGGGCAACGACCGUCUGCUCACGCACACCGUGUACAAGACCCUCAACCCGGAGUGGAACAAGGUGUUCACGUUUAACCUGAAGGACAUCCACUCGGUGCUGGAGGUGACCGUCUACGACGAGGACUGGGACCGCACCGUCGACUUCCUGGGCAAGGUGGCCAUCCCGCUGCUGUCGGUGAAGAACGGGGAGGAAAGGGGCCUUGUGCUGAAAAACAAGCACCUGACCGCGUGCACCAAAGGCACUCUCUUCGUGGAAAUGGAAGUGAUUUACAAUCCGGUCAAGGCCAGCAUGCGGACAUUCCUACCCAGGGAGAGUAAAUACAUGGAGGAGCACCCGAAACUCUCCAAGCAGCUGCUCUUGCAAAACUUCAACCGGGUGCGGCGGUGCGUGAUGGCGGUGGUGAACGCCUUUCACUACAUCAACAGCUGCUUCAACUGGGACUCUCCUCCGCGCAGCGUGACCGCCUUCAUUCUGUUCCUGGUGUCGGUGUGGAACUUUGAGCUCUACAUGUUGCCUCUGGGUCUCUUGCUCCUCUUCAUCUACCACUACGUCAUGCUGGGAACAGGCAGCCCCCAGGAACCGUGUGUGGUCGAGGACAUGGUGGUGGAUGAUGACGACGAUGAUGAGAGAGACGACAAGGACUCGGAGCGCAAGGGGCUGAUGGAGAAGCUGCACGCGUUCCAGGAGGUGUGCAUCAGUGUUCAGAACCUGCUCGGCCGUUUCGCGUCGCUGUGCGAGAGCAUCAAAAACACGUUUAAUUGGACGGUGCCGUUCUUGUCGUGGCUGGCCAUGGCGGUCCUGGCCGUGGUCACACUCGUCCUCUACCUCGUCCCACUCCGCUUCAUCGUCCUCCUGUGGGGAAUAAACAAAUUCACCAAAAAGCUGCGGAAUCCCUAUCAGAUCGAUAACAACGAGGUGCUGGACUUCCUCUCCCGGGUUCCCUCCGACGUGCAGAGGGUUCAGUACCGGGAAAUCAAGCACGACCUGGGGCCCAGUCCAAGCAGGAAGAAACGUAGCAAUCCGGGGUAGAUGCCAGCGCGUCAAAGACAAGGAUGUGGUAUUUUUUUUUUUACGAUCGCAAAUGCGCAAGGGACCAAGUCGGAGAUCUGUAGGGGACGUGGCGCGUCCUUUUAAAUCUGAAACCCAUGCAUGUAUUUUACAAUGCGGUAAGAAUGCAUAACUGUCAGCCAGUGAAUGUGAUAUAUUUUUAACCCUCUGACAAUGGUGUAUUUUAUAUUAAGCGGAAAGUGCAAUGCCCAAAACUUACGGUUUAUCUCGUCUGUCGUUUAAACGCUUGUUUGAAACAUGCGCAAUGGUAGCUGUGCUACUGCCUGUGACUUCCCCUCACCCACUUAAGGACAAAAAUAAGUUGAUUUUACCGUCUGUCGCGACUUGGAAACGUUUUCUUUCUUAAAUUAAAAUAAUGCAAAGAUAUGUGCCUUUGCACUCAAUGGAUCGUGACGGAAAAAAAUGUUGUGGCGUUUACACAUCCAGCCGCGCAUGUUUACAUUUUAAACUGGGGCCAUCGUGAAAGCCACCUUUGACCUUAAGUAAUUUACUCUGUCUUUUAAUAAAUAACUUUCAAUGAAGGUGAUGCAGUUUUAAACCCUGCGGAGUUGCCCUGGUGAAAACGGAGGGCGUGUGGAAACGCGUUAAAAAGGGGGCCAUCUUUUAAACAGUCUUCGAUGUACGAUGUUCUUAAAAUGCUGACGAUGGGGGCUUUUUUUUUCUUUCAAACAUUUAGCUGGAAUUGCGAGAUUCUUCCUUUCAAGGAUUUUUUUUGUCUUAAUCGUCUUUUUUUUUUAAAGAUGACAUCAUCUGGGUUUAAUGAUGGGACGAGGGGUUAUUUUAAUCAAAGUUAUGAACGUUGGUCUUCCAAGCCAUGGGGUUGAAAGUGGCUACAGGAGUGCCAACGGAACCCGUGCGAAUGCAAAUACUCAUCGUUGAUACGUUUCAGCCAAGCUGCAUAUAUUAUGUACGCAGCGAAUAUGAAAAUGUUCUGAUGCAUGUAAAUCAUAGCUUUAUUUCUGUACAAUUGGACGUAUGAAGUAUAUGAGGGAAUGUACAAACAUACAGUAGACACGAAUAUAUAAACAAAUUUGCAAAUGUUGCUAGAUUUUUGGAGACUUCCAGUCAUGGCUGUAUUUUCCAUGCUCUCGCAAAAUAAAGUAUUCAUUUUGCAGA